AUGAGUGCUGUGCCUUAUGAAAAGAUUUGCGAAUUAGCAAGUCCUCUUUAUUUUCCUUUGGAGAUUGAUGGUGCUAUUUAUAUGGUUUCGCAGAAUGGCGACAUUUUAAAAUUUAAGGAUGGGUAAUUCAAGGCUGAGUUUCAUAUAUCAGGAUAGCCUUAUUCAAUAGUAAUUGAUAAAUUGAAUAAAUUUAUAUAUGUUGCAGAUAUGGCUCAUCAAGCAAUUUUAAAGAGAUAUAUAGAUGAGAACAGCUAAGAACAAAUUACAGAAUUUUUGAAAGAUUAUGAAGGGUAGCCACUUUUGGGGCCUAAUUCAUUGUUAUUGUCCACCUAAAAUAAUUUACUAUUCUUUACUGAUUCUGGACCAUUUGGUGAAACUUCAAUAGAGAAUUGCAAAGGAUCUCUUUUUGCUAUAGAUAUGGAUGCUCAAAUAGUUAAACCCUUGGCAUUGUAGUGUUUAUCUUAUCCAAGUGGUAUAUGCUUAAGCAAUAAUCAAAAAUUAUUAUUCCUGUGUGAAACAGGGAAGAACAGAGUGUUGCGCUUUGUUCAAACAGAGGCAGGAAUAUUUUACUAUAGCACAUACAUACAAUUUAAUGGUAGAUUUGGUCCAAUAGCCUGUGCAGUAUCCCAAUCAGAACAUCUAUAUGUUGCUAGAUUUGAAUUUGGACAUGUAUCAGAGGAGGGCUAGAUAAGUAUAUUCAAUUCAAAUGGAGUGAAUGUUGAGAAUGUUUCUAUUCCGCAAUGCCCUGAGAUAUCAGGAUUAACAUUUUCAAGGUAUGUAUAUCAAUUUAUUGUGAAGCUAAAAAUCGAAUAUUCUUUAUGUAACAGAGAAUUCAUCAACGCCAAGUUGUUUGCGUAUUUUAAUUAAUAUCGAAGAGAAGGAUGA